UGUAGAUACCCGGCGCCUUCCUCUUCCCAUCGCCGCGGUCCGGGCGAGCGGAGCCUCCCUCCCACAUCGUCCCCGGCUUCGGGCUGCCACGGGCGCUCCCGCCGCCGCCUCCCCGCCGCUUCUCCGAGCUGCCGUGGCGCCUGGAGCGCAGAGGUUUUAAAAUGGAACAUUUUGAUGCAUCACUUAGUACCUAUUUCAAGGCAUUGCUAGGCCCCCGAGAUACCAGAGUAAAAGGAUGGUUUCUUCUGGACAAUUAUAUACCUACUUUCAUCUGCUCCACCAUAUACUUACUAAUUGUGUGGCUGGGCCCCAAAUACAUGAAGAACAGGCAGCCGCUCGCUUGCCGAAAAAUUUUAGUGGUGUAUAACCUUGGGCUCACCUUGCUGUCUCUCUAUAUGUUCUGUGAGUUAGUGACAGGAGUAUGGGAAGGCCAAUACAACUUCUUCUGUCAGGGUACACGGAGUGCGGGCGAAGCAGAUAUGAAGAUUAUCCGUGUCCUCUGGUGGUACUACUUCUCCAAACUCAUCGAGUUCAUGGACACCUUCUUCUUCAUCCUGCGCAAGAACAACCACCAGAUCACGGUCCUGCACGUCUACCACCACGCCUCCAUGCUGAACAUCUGGUGGUUCGUGAUGAACUGGGUCCCCUGCGGCCACUCUUAUUUUGGUGCCACACUUAACAGCUUCAUCCACGUCCUCAUGUACUCAUACUACGGUCUGUCUUCUGUCCCUUCCAUGCGCCCGUACCUCUGGUGGAAGAAGUACAUCACGCAGGGGCAGCUGAUUCAGUUUGUGCUGACAAUCAUCCAGACCACCUGCGGGGUCAUCUGGCCAUGUUCGUUCCCUCUUGGUUGGUUAUAUUUCCAAAUCGGAUACAUGAUUUCCCUGAUUACUCUCUUCACAAACUUCUACAUUCAGACUUACAACAAGCAGGGAGCCUCCCGGCGGAAAGAGCACCUGAAGGACCACCAGAACGGGUCCCUGACUGCCGCCAACGGACACACCAACAGCUUUUCAUCCCUGGAAAACAAUGUGAAGCUGAGGAAGCAACGGAAGGAUUGAGGUCGAAGAGUUGCAAACCUCCCCACCACGUCGUCUGAUUGUAAGCACAGUAUGAGUUGUGCCCGAUGCUCGUUAACAGCUGCUGUAACUAGUCCAGCCUACAAUAGCGUGAUUCACGUAGGACCUCUUUCACCACUUCAAAACCCCUAGGAAAUGUAUACAGAUUUAGACAAGUAGGCAUAAGAUUUUUAACAUUUCUGGGCUCUCGCCGACCCCUGCGCCACGCCGCGGAGGGAGUGUUAUUGUAGUAUAUGACACUGCUGUUGCCUUAUUAGUUAUAACAUGAUAGGUGCUGAAUUGUGAUUCACAAUUUGAAAACACUGUAAUCCAAACUGUUGUGUUUUUAUUUUUACUGUAGAUCAUGCAUGUGAUUGUAAAUUUGUACAAUGUUACAGUAGAGAAACACACAUGCCUUAAAAUUUAAAAAGCAGGGCCCAAAGCUUACUAGUUUAAAUUAGGAUACGUUUCAAGUUGUGAUUCAUUUUCCAUAGCUCUGAUUAGAAAAAAAUCAAAGACCAUGAUUGAUGAAAUUAGCGUGCGACACAUUUUCAGGUGACUUGUGUGUGUGAAAUCAGAAACGGCACCUUUUGUAAUACUGGCUUUAAAUCAGGCAGACUCAAAUCUAGUGGAACAGUCAGUUUAACUUUUUAACAGAUCUUAUUUUUUUAUUUUGAGUGCCACUAUUAAUAAUGUAAAAAGGGGGAGGGGGGCGCUAAAGCAGCCUUGAUGAAACGUAAAUAUAUAUUCUUUAUCUUCAAGAUUUUCGGAAGUGUGUAGGAUGAGUAGGCCGUGUGUCAUUUCUGAAGUGCUAAGUGUUUUCAUGUGGGAAACAGAGCCCAUUUUGCUUUCCACUCAAGCUGAGAGCAGGAGAUCAGCUUUUCCAGCGGGAGGACUGAUUGUGUGCCAUUUGACAGCCUCCCACAGGUGAGCAAUGGCUGCCAGGGUCCAGACACAGAUUGAUUUCUGUACCGCUAUCUGUUUUGACACAAACUUCCUUUUAAAAUGUGCCUCGCUUACCAAAAUUAAUAAAGAAAGAGGGGGUGGGGGGAGGACUUCCAUAAAAAAAGAAAAAUGUAAGAUGAAAUUAAACAGGUAUUUAUAGCACAAGAGAACUGGGAAAUUGGCUAGAGAUCGUUUGUUUAAUGUAAAUCUAACAGCACCUGUUGUUUUUUUCUGCUUGGAAUCUUAAGGUUUGUUCAGAACUGCUUGUUUAAAAAGAAUCGAGUGCUUGUAAAGUCAUGUCUCACUUCUGAGAGGGGGCAGUGGUCAAACAGAUAUGGAAUAUUGUGUGUGUCAUUUUAAGGUGUUGGGAUUCAGUCUUCUCCAUUGAGACUUGAACCACUUGUGACCAUCUUAGAAAGUCAUUGACAAUGUAUAAAUGAAUUGUUGGUUUGGUAUUUAUGUAAAUAUCAUGCUUUAAUUUUGCACAUUCGUAUUUUAGGGAGCCACAUGGUUCUCUUAGUCUUGUGGGUUUUCUGUUUGGAAGGAGUCAACAGCAUCUGUUUACAUUUACCUGAUCAAAUCUAGAAUGUGUAUAUUUGUAAAUGUAUGUCCUCCUAGGUACUAGUUUGCGAAAGUCUUUACAUAUUUCAAACAGAAACUAUAACAUUCGGUAGUGUGCUGUCAAAGUGUGCUUAGCUCAUCUGGAUAUUCCCACACUGUUGCAAAAAGUCCGAACAUUAAUCAUUAAAACAUUUUUGAUUACC